GUGUUUUAUUUAAAAAUUGUCCACAUUUCUGUUUAAUCGCUAAAAGAGAAAAUAAUAAUAAUAAUAACAAAAUAAUGUAUAUGUAUCUUUUAUGAUAUUAAAUGUAAUUUCACGUAUUAUUUUUUAUUUACGACAGUGUAUAUACAGUUCAAUCUAUUCGUCAGAAAAUCAGUGCAGAACACGCAAAUAAAGAGAACUAACAUACUAUCGCGUUUACGCACUUACGUAGUCAUCUACGUUAUUUGAACUUAUUACGAUCAAUUAAAACUAUCGACGAGAAAAGGUUUUAAAUGUGAUUACAGCGUAGAAAGAAUGGCUGGAGUAUUCGAUAUAGAAUUACACGAAGGAGAUUCCGUAAAUCAAGACGAGUCAGAUGACGAUAUUGUUGAAAGCAGAGAAGACGAAUAUAAUCAUGCCACCAAUGUAAAUACCAUAUUAGAAUCUGAUGAUUUAGAAAGAGUUCAAUUAUCGGAACAAAAUGUCAAUGUGGGUCAAGAGAAGACUGGACCUCAAGAUUUUGAACUAUGCAAGAUUCUAGGAGAAGGCGGAUAUGGAAAAGUUUUUCAAGUUAAAAAAGUUACUGGAAAAGACAAAGGCAGUAUCUUUGCUAUGAAGGUAUUGCGAAAAGCAUCUAUUGUACGAAGUCAGAAGGAUACAGCUCACACAAAGGCAGAGAGGAAUAUCUUAGAAGCUGUAAAACACCCGUUCAUUGUAAAUUUAAUGUACGCAUUUCAAACUGGUGGUAAAUUAUACUUAAUUUUGGAAUAUCUUUGUGGUGGAGAGCUUUUUACAUAUUUAGAUAGAGAAGGCAUUUUCUUAGAAGAUACAGCAUGUUUUUAUUUGUCUGAGAUUAUUCUCGCGCUACAACAUCUUCAUAAUCAGGGUAUUAUAUACAGAGAUCUGAAACCAGAAAAUAUUUUAUUAGACGGUGAAGGUCAUGUUAAGCUAACGGAUUUUGGUUUAUGCAAAGAACACAUUCAAGAGGGUACAGUGACCCACACAUUUUGUGGAACUAUAGAAUAUAUGGCUCCAGAAAUUCUAACAAGAAGUGGACAUGGAAAAGCAGUUGAUUGGUGGAGUUUGGGUGCUCUUAUGUUUGAUAUGCUUACUGGAAUGCCACCGUUCACGGGAGAUGAUAGAAGAAAAACAAUUGAAAAAAUUUUACGAGGAAAAUUAAAUCUUCCGUUAUAUUUAACAUCCGAUGCAAAAGAUUUAAUACGAAGGUUAUUGAAGAGACAGGUAUUGCAGAGACUAGGAUCCGGGCCCGAAGAUGCUGAACAAAUUAUGAAUCACAAUUUUUUCAAACAUAUUAAUUGGCAAGAUGUAAUUUCAAAGAAGUUAGAACCUCCUUUUAAACCAUCCUUAAAAAGUGCCGAUGAUACGUCUCAAUUCGAUGAACAAUUUACAACAACCGUUCCUGUUGAUUCUCCAGUUGAAAGUACAUUAAGCGAAUCUGCUAAUAUGAUCUUUCAAGGAUUUACGUAUGUUGCACCGAGUGUUCUAGAAGAAAUGUAUGCGCAACCAAGAGUCGUAAAUGCCAGAAGUCCACGAAAAGGUCUUGUAAGUACAGGAUUUAGUGGAAGCGUUCACAAUUUGCCUUCGAGAUCACCUGAUGCUCACCUACGUACCUCGUCACAGUUUCAUCAGUACAGGCAUCAUGUGGUAGGUUCAAAUAAUAUGGAAGAUACCGAAAUGAAGGAUAUAGGUCCACUGUUCAAUUUUUAAACACCACACAGUACGUUCAAAUGAUAUGGACAAAAAAAAACUCGAAUGAUGUAUAUAAAUUUACUAAUAGAUCAUGUUUAGUGAUUUAUAUGCAUAAACAUACGAGAAAAUGUUGAACUUUUAUCUUAGGCUCAGUAGAACCGAAGAACAUUUUCUAGCUUACUUAUUUUUGUUGUUUCAAUAAUCUAAAUGUCACAUUUAGGGAAUAUAAUGCAAUUUACUUACGUAUAUAAAUAUUUAGAAACACAUGAUUCUAAACGUCAAAAGGAGUUUACGCUUAUAGAGCAGUGGUGCUACUCCUGUACAAAUCUUAUGUAGGCCUGUUCUAAUGUGACUGACGAUUAUUUAUGGUGUAAAGAAUUAAAAUAUGUAUUUUCAUUAUGUAAAUAUAUGUAGGUAUCUAAUAAUAACAAGUACAUUCUUUUUUGAAAAAGACGCUAUACCGUUGAAAGAUAUAAAAAAUAUUUUUGAUGUAAAAUACAGUCCCGUCAUUGCAAUUACUAAUUCAGAUUUUUAAAAUGUUCACUGCUAGUAUAUAAAAAUUAGAUCGAUAAGAUUAUUUAAUUUAAAUAUAUUGAAAAAUUUCUCUAAACGAAACGUUAAAGAAUGUACUGUUACUUUCGAGUUACUUUUUUGUAAAAAUCACAAAUUCAAUUACUUAUUCAUUUAACUGUAUAAUUUUAGAAGGAGUGUUUAUAAAUACGUACAUUCCAAACUUAUUUAAGUGUUUUGUAUAAACGUAAUAUGGAAUUCGUGCGGAUUAUGUUGUGUAGAUUAGAACGUCGAAUUUAUUUAGACUCGGUAGUCUUGUUUUGUUAUAAAAUUAAUUUACUUUAAUGAUAUGUUAUUCGAUAAAGAAAAGAUAAUAUUGUAAACAUAAAACCUACACUGAUCUUUGUUACAGUAGAAUCGGAGACAAAGUCGAUCAAUCAAAUUAAUUUUGCUUUUGCCAAGAAUAGUGAUCUAUUAAUAAAUUGCAGUAGCUGGUCGUAUCUUUUCCGCCAAAUAAUCCGAUUCUACUCCGUGUAAUCAUGGUGAAAGUGACAAUUACAUGAAAAAAUUUAAACUGCCCAAGUGUUCACAGCUACCAGCUGAAUAGUAUUUAACUUUACAUAGAAAAAUAUAUGCACACUCGCACAGGCACGCGUGUGUAGUGAAUAAGUAUAAAAUUCUUGUUA